AUGUCCUCGGCGCAGGACGCCGAUCUCAUGGACAUCGACAUCGACAUGGAUCUCGACGACCAUGACAUUCCCAUCGAAGAAGAGUAUCAGCUAGAAGAAGGUGAAGAGCCCUCGUUUGUACCAUCAGGCGCAACUGUCCCAGACUCCUCAAACGUUAUCCCUGCCAUAUACACAGAAGACCCAGAUCUUGAGCCGCAAUGGAACAAAGUGCACAUCCGCGGAGUUGAUGACAUGCAUACCAACGACAUCCUCGCCUUGGUUCACGACAAUUUGAGUGAAGCUGGUGACGACGUCCGUGUUCAAUGGAUUGAUGAUACAUCUGCAAACAUAUGUUUCAAAGACAAUGCUACCGCCAAACGAUCACAUUUGGCACUGCUUGCAACCCCCAUCACGGUCGACGAACUGAUGAUUGCGCCAUUUGAACUGCGCACCGCCAAGCCGUUGGCGAGCAGACCAGCAAGUAUGCUUGUCGUCAGAGUCGCGCAGCAAGGCGACAGAAAGAAGAAGGGGGCAAGAGAUGCAAGUAGGUACUACCUCUUACACCCGGAUCAGGAUCCGACCGAGCGUAUGCGGCGCGAGUUUGCAAACAGUCGAACGUCGAGGACCGAAACCGGAGACUACAAACGCAGGCGAUUUGAUGACCGCGAGCUGCAUCGAAGACGAAGAGACCAUGACCACAAUGCCGAAGGGACAGAUUUCUCUGCGAAUAUGUACGAUGAUGCGCCCGCGACCGACUCAGUACAGCCAGCCAGAGGUCGAGACUUGUUCUCCCGAGUGACAAAGGUUAGACGACGUAGUGCGAGCCCCAGCGGGUGGACCCGGAAUAGUGAUGAGAUUGUCCUCUCAGACUCGGAGGACGAUGGUCGGCUCCGCAGACGCGGCCACAGCUAUCGCGAUCGCAGCGAUCGGGCUCCUCGUUCGAAUACUGGAAAGGAGCUCUUCGGUACCACCCCUGACCGCAAGAGUGGUGGACUUCAUUCCGACAAAAUAGACCUCUUCCCUUCGAAAGACACAAAUGCAGAUACAGCUAUGGCCACGGAUCAGACCAAUAAAGCCGGUUCCAAAGCUAUUUCUGAUCCAUCGAACACUCGUGCCAAUGCCGCGGCUGCGAAGAGAUUGAAGGCCGACCUUCUAAGUGCGGCUCAGACUAGUCCUCGCUCACACCAUCGCCGCAGCCACGCCAUGGAUGCAAAGAACGCGGAAGACCUCGCCGAACGAUUUGCUCGAAAAUCCAUAUCGAUCGACAGCUCCAAGUCGUUCAAGAACGGGACAGCCAACGGUGGGAUCGAGCUCUUUCCUUCUAAUUCCACUGCUGGCGGAGGGUUGAGUAUCAAGGGGUCUGCCCAAGAAAAGGAUAACGCCGGCUUCAGCAUUAAGGGAUCUGGAGGGUUGAGCAUCAAGGGGCGGGCUGGCGUCAAGGAACUGUUUCCGAAACAGUAUGAGCGCGGAGGAAGGAACGAAGGUAAAGAACUCUUCGACCAACCGGUGCGGGCGAAAGCAGUUCGACGACGUGCCGGUGAUUUGUUCGACUGA